ACAUUUUUGAGAGACAAAGUAUCUGAUUCUCUAUAUAAAUCCUUGGUAAUUAGUUAAAUAUUAGUCUUUACCAGAUUUGUUUCUUCGUGUGAAGAUCUGAUGAUGAGGGAGGCUGUAUCUUCAGUAUGAGGGCACCUUGUAGUCGUCUCGGGAUGGACCUUUGUUGGAUUAUAGGAUUUUUUGUACCUAUCCUUUUGGAAUCCAAAGUUGUCAAAUGUCAAGAGCACCGGCAUUUAGCAGUAGAAUGCGCCUCAAAUUGGACUCAAAAUGGCAAGAACUGUUAUCGAUUAUACACAUCAACGAAAUCUUGGAUAGAGGCCUUUAUAGCUUGUCAGUCUGUCGGAAGUAUUCUAGUGGACAUAGAAUCUGCCAGCGAACAAACUUUCCUGCAAAAUUUUGUAAACGGGACAUCGGUUUGGAUAGGUGCUUCCGAUUCUGCGACAGAGAAUCAUUGGCACUGGUACAGCAGUGCUCAGUCCUGGGGGUUCACUAAUUGGAAUACCGGUGAACCGAAUAACUAUCGGGGUAUAGAAGACUGUGUCCUUGUUACCAGCAGUGGAAAAUGGAAUGAUGGCUACUGUAAUACAAGAUUAGCAUACGUCUGCAAACAGAGUAACGUGUUGUCCUUUUGUGACUCUACCUGGAGUACCAGGAACGGACACUGUUACAAGCAGUUCCCAUCUAAAGUCAUCUGGUCUGACGCUCUAGAGACCUGCCAGGCUAACUCCGGUUAUCUUGUCAGCAUAGAGGACUCCGGGGAAAUGGCUUACGUACACGGUUUAUUCAAUGGAGAUUAUUUUUGGAUCGGUGGAUUUGAUAUUCUAUGGGAAGGAUUGUAUGUUUGGUCGGGCACAACCACUUCAUGGGGUUAUACCAACUGGCUUAGAGGCCAACCCAACAAUUACGCUAAUCAGGAUUGUGUGUCGGUAUACAGAGGAGUGAGUACAUGGAAUGAUGAGGAUUGUAAUAUCAUGAAAUAUCAGUUUAUGUGUCAAAGAAAUACUUUCCACUUGCAUGAAGACCCAGUUUUAGAAAUGGCUGUCAAUGAAACAACUCAAGAAAUCGGAUUCCUCUGUUUCUUCACCUCUAACUUCUCUGACGUCGAGUAUAGCAUACGGUGGUACAUCAACAACAUCAUGGUUCAGGAAGAGAUAUACACAGAUGAACGAGAGAGUUAUCUAGAAGAGAGCAAAAUUGGUCAACUUCUGUAUGAGGAUCAGAUCAAAUGUUCCGUGACUCCCUGUCUGCCCGGAAACUGUUCCGCUAUGAGAGGUUCAAGUAGAGACAGUGAAGCAUUCAUUGCAAAAGUCCAGGUUGUUGGUGAAACACAUAUAACCACAUAUGAACGAUCAGGACCUGUAUAUAUCAAUGUUACUAGUACUGUGCCACCGAGACUUUUCUGUGACAAAGCACAUCAGAAUAACCAAUGUAAUGUUACUGUAUUUGUCGAGCUUGUAAAGGGAAGAGAAACAAAAUGCCCAGGUUCUCGCAUGCCUGUUAGUCAAGUUGUGUUUGGCGUCAACUCAUUUCACCAUAAACCAUGUUACUAUCCAAUUACUAUGGAUACCUGGCACACGGGAAUUUUGAUUCCAGUGAAGGCUUCAAUUGACAGUCUGAAGGAUAGGGACCAAACAAGAAACAUCCAAUUGUAUGUCACAACACCGAACACAACUAAGCAGUUCUCCACUGUGAAGGUGACAGUAGUGGAUGGAGACAAAAUAGCAGUGUGCUCUUCUAUCAACGAUCCUCAUAUGACAACAUUUGAUAGAAAGUAUUAUGACAACUACUUGGAAGGAGAAUUUAUUCUUUACAGACACAAAUCACUGCCCUAUGAGGUACGGACAUUUUACAGAAAGUGUAAUAGACGUGCAGCCUGUAACUGUGCUGUAGUAGUUCGCUCCGGAAAUGACGUCAUUCUAGUGGAUGUGUGCGGACCUUCUAUGGGGCAAUCAUCCAAACGGACACCCUAUACAUUGAAGAUGUAUCUAAAUGGGGACUUAACGCCAGGCACAGAAGUUAUUCGAAUGUCUGGAGGAAAGACAUAUGAGAUAAUUUUACCCACCGGAGCAAAGGUGAUUGUAAUGAAUGGCUGGGUGAUUUUAGGGAGACGGUUUCUAAAUGUCAAAGUUGUGGCUUCUACGCUUGAUUACAACAACACUGAAGGAUUGUGUGGUACUUUUGAUGGUAAUAGAAACAAUGAUUUCACUAAAAGAGACGGAACUGUUUAUGUGAAAGGUGGAAAACAACCUAAUGAAUUCUCUUUAUCAUGGAGGGUAUCUGAGGAUGAAUCCUUAUAUAGAGGGUAUUGCGUGACAACUGAUGGCAGUUAUAAGGUAGAGAGGUACUGUGACUGUAUGGAGGGAGAAACAACCAUGUGUCAGGAGGGAAUGGACCUAAUGUCGUGUGUAGAAAUUGAGAAGAGGAGAGGACUGUUGGAUGCACAGAGAGGACGUAAACGUGUUACUGAAGACCUCAUCAGAGAUGCAGAAUCACCUCCGACCCGCUGUGAAUCUAUUCGCCCCCCAGAACAAUUCCAACAUGAACCAGAAUAUAGACAACCGGAUCCGCAGUGGCCCACACCGAGCAACAUCACGGAAGACAUUGCACUAAAACUUUGUCACGACUUCAUGGAAGCCAAAGAAUCGGGGGGGAAAUGCAAGAACCUUCCGGGGCUUGACUUUGCCCCUAUUUUACAAGGCUGUAUCAAUGAUAUUCAGCUUACUGACGGUACCGAUUGGGCAAAGGAAAGCCUCGAUAAUUUACUACAAGAAUGUACUACCAUCGUGGAAAGCGACACAGAAAAAUGGACUGUUGAUGCUAAAACAGGAGACACGAUCCCUCCACCUGAUAUUGUAGGAAACAUUUGUCCCAACAGCUGUACAGACAACGGAAACUGCAACGGGGGAUUCUGUGUGUGUGCAGAACCUUGGAUAGGAGAUGACUGCUCUGUCAACCGUACAGCUCCACCUCAACUCUAUCAAGUUGGAACGGGAGAACCAUGCGACUCCAUCUGUUCGAACUGCACCCUUUUACAGCUAUACGGCGAGAAUUUUGCUGAUACUGAGAAUUUAACCUGUCACUACAGAUCACAUAAUGUAAACCUUGAAUCAGUACCAGAGGUGACAACAAACAAGGCCGAAUUCUUCAAUAGUCAGACUGUCACGUGCCUGAUCUCUGUUAAUGGUUUAUACGAAGUGGCCGUCAGCAAUGACGGAGAAACCACCAGUGUAUACAAAAUCUACAUCUCCUAUAAUAGUUACUGUGACAGAUGUAAUGAAACUGGCUGUAGAAGAAGGAGUGAUAUAUGUGAAAUAGGAGGAAAUUGUUUUGUAAGUGGAUUUUUCAAUCCUUUCAAUGUGUCAGAGGUGUGUGAUAUAACACGUUCCAAGUGUCAGUGGUCAACAUUACAAGUUGAAAACAUACAAACAAGAACUUACAUCUUCCAAAGUAUUUCCGGCCAAACAUUAAUAACCAAGAAGCACAGUGUCAGCAUAGGAGGUACUGGAACUCCGACGUUGAUCACUGGUUUAUCUGGAGAAAAGGCUGUCGUCUUGGAUGGAAAUCAGUAUCUCUCCUUAGGGGACCUAACAGGUGCUUGUUUUGGUGAUGUAGAAAAAAGUACCUUUGGUAUCACAAUUACAUUUAAUGUUAAGUUGACGGCAAACAUCUCUAAUUGUUAUGUGUUCAGUAAUGGAGGUGAAGAAGCGUCAAAUUAUGGUUAUGUUAUGUGGUUUGGAAAUGAUAAACUGCAUGCAAGCGUCAGCAACUCAGAAAAUGAGUGGGCUGUUUCCACUUCUGUCGAGGUGGAGAAGUUCAUACAUGUGGAAAUGUCCUGGAGUCUUCAAAAUGGAUUACAGUUAAACAUUGACGAGAAUGUAAAGGUUUCUAGCAAGAAGUGCAUUCCUCGACCUGCAUCCAAUUAUACAGUUUUCAAAGACUUUGUGAUCGGUGGAUCUUCAAAGAAAGAUGGAAAGUGUCAGAUGGCGAUAGAAUCUUUCGCAUUUGUGUGCGCAUUUACUGACAUCAUAAACAGCACUGGAUUCAAUAUCAGAGAACCAACAACUACAGUACCUCCAUUCGUCCCACAAUGCAAAGAGGCGUCACUUUUGAGAACGGAUGCUGCGAUCAUUUCUAUAUCAGUGGUAUCCGGAUCAUUGUUCAGUGCCGUUAUUUUCAUAUGUUUAUUGAUAGGGUGCAGACGACGAAAGAAAAAGAAACGUUUUGUACGUUUAGAAACCUUGGAUUCAAGUACUGACUAUGAAGAUACGAACAGAGCCUUCAAAAAAACUGUGUUGAAUCCAGUUUACUGGCACCAGGGUAGAGCACCUGCUUACAGAUAUUACUCUGUGUACCAGGAACCAAGGUGGCAGGUGAACAGGUAUGAAGCAUAUGAGUCUCAAUACUUUAUGCCACCAAUGAUAAAUGAAAACAGAGCAUACACCAGAAGAUAUCGUGAAGAGGCAGUAUCAAAUCCAAUGAUAAACCAGUCAGAACAGAUAUCCCAAAUUAAACAUCAGGCCACAAGUUCAGACCCAAACCGUAUUAUUCAUGAAAACAUGAAAUACAAUGAGUCUAGUAAAAAAGCAUCUGCUAGCGGAGUCUCUGGAAUCAAAAAAUAUGAAACUGCACAAUACAAGGUCCACAAUACGCUAUCCAACCAACGAGCGGAUGGUAAGGAAAAUUCCUUUGUUGGGAAUAGGUCAAAGAAAACGACAGUUUGGGUUCCAGUCGAAAGCGAUGAACCAGAUAUUGCUGUUUACCAGGCUUCAUCAAAUAAACAGAAACAUCAUGCUGUGAAUUCCUCUUCUCUAAGAUUGCUAUCAGAAAAUUCAAUAGAAAAUGGUAAUUUUGAAUUAAAAAGUGGGGGCGUCACUACAAUUAAUAAUGUAGCAUCUGGAAGAUCUGAGUGGAGUGCUUCUGGCAUACAAGCCAAUAAGGAUUCAUUGGCUGUUCAUCGGUCAGUAGGAAAUCAAAUGGUUUGUCCGUACUGCACAGCCAAUGAUAAAGUAGCUCAGACUGUGGUUGUUGGUUAUGCCUCAAGAAGAGAUCAGAAAUCAGUUCAUAGUAGUUCUCAGACAGAUUUCGUUGAUAAACCCUCACUAAAUACACAAAGUAGUAUCAUGCACUUCACAGAUGAUCAAAUGAACACACAUGCAUAUACUAAUGAAGGUUAUGAAAAUACUGAGUGGCUUCAUAAGGGGAUGAAAGAGAAAGGCACGCAAAGCACAGUUAGUGUCAGUUGUGGAGAAGAAAUGAGGCGAGAUAAUGUUUUUGGUUAUAUGAAUGGUGGAUCAAACAUUACGUCCGAGAUACAGCAGACCAGUGUGACAAAUAUCUCAAAAGACAAAAUAAUUGGAGAUAGUCUUGGCUUUGAAGUACAAGAAGAAACCUUGUGGCUACAAAAUGACAGUGAUGAGGAUCAGAGUGAAAAAUGUGCAACUGUUUGGCUAAGUUCAACAGAGGUAGUACCUACCAUGAUAAAGAAAGAGGUAGAACCAAAGAAAAGCAGAGACCAGGUAUAUGAAAUUAAAACAAUUUGGCUCCCAGAUGAAAGGGAUCAGAAAGGAACUGUUCCGAUUAAACAACAGGACUCAGAUGAUAGAUCUGCUUAUAUCUACCAUACAGAAGUGAAACAGGAUUCAAGAAAUCCUCAUGUAGGUGGAUCGUCUUUGAUCCUACAUGACACGAUAUCAAAUGUGGAGGGUCAUCUGAAAAAGAGCGAAACAGAUUCCAAGAGAAGUGGUGAGAACAGCUAUGAAAUCAGAUCCGAAUGGCUUCCACGUGAAAGAGACCAGAAGAGAGAUCACCUGAUCAAAGAGCAAAUUUCAGAUGGAAAACAAAACGAUUGUAUUAUAUUCAAAGAAGACGAUACAAAACAAACCCAUACAAUUCCUCAUAUAUCUGAGAGAGCAGACGAAUGCUUUGUUUACGAUAAACAAGGGGAAGUCAACGAAGAAUCAAGUACUAAAUUAACUAAACAUCAAAUGUCGAAAAGUGUGGAAAGCACACGAAAGAGUCUGGAUUUCUUGGAAGAGAAGGAACAGAAACUAGUGCUUAAUAGACAUAACCAAUUAGGAGGUAAACAACAAAGUUUAGUAGAUCUAAAGCCGUCGGAUUUGGAGCCACCAAAUAUGAAUUACGCAGGUACUGGAAGUCCGGUACUAGUGUCAACAAAUGGUAGCGAGAAAACUCAUGUUGUAGGCAUCGAACGUACAACAUUUCACAGGUCUGGAGAUUUCGUAGACAGGGUUGAAGCAUCUGGAAGAACAGAAAAUUCAACUGAGCAGGGUCCCUAUAUUCACUACAAUUCGAAAGCUAAAGUUGAAUCAGAUUGGAAUGUAGAGGGCAAAGGCUCUAUUUUAUCGACAGACAAGUCCUCAUAUGUUGAAAAAUCAGGACUUAAUUACAGACAGGUGGAAUUGGAUAAAUCACAAAUGAAACAUGUUCCUCGUGGUAAUUCAGCAUUUAUGGCAGCAAAUGGUGGUGAGGCGACCGUUCAUUUUGGUGAUGAUGAAAGUGCAAUAUUUUACAAACCAGGGGUUGUGUACAGGCAGGUCGAAUUAGAGUCACAAAAAAUUAAACAAGAAGUGUAUGGGAAAUCGGGCUUUCUAUCUCAUGAUGAUGAUGAUAAAAAUGCCUCAACUGGUGUCGAAGGUGUCAUAUUUUACAAACCCGGAGGAGUAGUGUACAAAUUAAAAGCAGACGGAACAAGAGAAUAUUUAACGGAGCAAGAUUCUAGAUUGCAAACCACUAUUAGCCAAAAGACGGAUGAAAUAUUUGAGUCAGUUCAGACCAAGGAAAGUGGAGGUACCUUAUUCAGGGACGGAUCCUUGGAAGCUGUGAAAUCAAGUCGUGUUUACAGGCAGGUCCAAUUAGAACCAUCUCAAAUUAUCUAUGAAACUAAUGGGAAGUCAGCAUUUGUGACAACGGAUCAUAAUGCUACAGAGCAAUCGUUUGGCAUUGAAAGUUCAACAAUAUCCAAACCCGGAGUAGUUUAUCGACUACAAGCUUCCGGAACAAAAGAAUACUUGACGGAGCACGAUUCCACGUUACUGGGCUCUUUUGACCACAAGGCUUAUGCUAUACCUGAGUCGGUUCAAAAAGAAGAUUGUGUAGAAACUUCUUUUUCCAAAGAUAAUUCCUCGGAAGUUAGGAAGUUAGGACGUAUUUACAGCUACCGAGGCAAAUGGCGGACAGACGAACAGCUCCAACCCACAACACAUGAGAAGCUGUAGAAAGGUCCGCAGAGAUUCCAGCCCACAGCACAUUAGAAGACUAUGAUCUACCAAAAGCCACACAACAUCUAUUUAAACAAUAUUUUAUUCACAAAAUGAAUGGCACAGCCUAUUUUAGCCCUCUCCCAACAUACAUCAACUGCAAUAUUAAGUUCAUAUUUUUCUGAGUGAUUCUUAAAUCAUCAUUCAAAAGUGAUUUUGUAAAAAUUGAAGUAGCAGUUCAUAUAAAAAGUAAUUCAGAGACAAAACAUCCUACAAUUUAUGAAUUCAUUUAACUCCUAAUUCCGACUGUUUGCAAUAGGUCUUGCAUCUUGUGGUGUCUGUUCGCAAUAUGUCUUGCAGUGAUAUAUAUAUAUAUAUAUAAGCACAAAAACCCAACAACACCCUAUUUUCUUAAAGUGUCGGAUAUUUAAAUAACCAACAGUGUCGUGCCCUUUUCGGUGCAUAUAUAUAUAUAUAUAUAUAUAUAUAUAUAUAUAUAUAUAUAUAUAUAUAUAUUAACAUAUUUUAUAUAGUUUGAGACAUCCUUUUAUACAUGUAUAUGUAAUGUAAAGCCCAUAACUACAUGUUGUAUUAAUCAAUCAUUUGUUGAAAAUAUCAGACCUGGUGCAAGCUCAAAUUCUGGUAUUGCCCAAAAACUGAAGCAACAUAACAUCAUAUUGAACUUAUCAUAUUCCUUAUACACUGCAAAUGCAUAUGUGGUAUCUGCCUUGACGACCAAAAAUAUAAAAGACACAAAAUCCUCGGAGAAUUGUUUUGUAAAUGAGUUUGUUGCAGAUGGAAAUAUUUACGGUGUGCUUAAUUAUGAAUUGCCAUAUUGUCUAUCGUGAUUAUAACAGUUUUUCAAAUAAUUCACCGACAUGUAUAAGAACCAUCACCUUUUGCAAGAUAGUUUUUGUAUAUGUGAUAUACAUUUUCAUGGCCAUCUGAUAAGUGUAUGAUGAACUAGAUUAAUACAUGUAAACUUACAGUUGUUGUACAUUAUCCGGUUGAUUAUUUUUCAUUAUUAUUGACAAAUAUUGUGUUUGAUAUCUUAAAGAUACACGGCCUGAAAUUUGCACAACAUUUGUAGGUCUGAUUAAUUGUACUGUGUAUAUCAGAAGUUUGUUUCAGCAUAAUAGAGUUUUUGCUCCUUAAUAUACGAUUUUUAAUAAAUAUUUGGAAAUGUAUUGCUCAACAAAGGUACUAUAUUUUGGGGCAGAAGAAAUUUUAGAAACUUGCUUAACGAUUUUUUUUUUCAUUCAAAAGAUGUUCUAUUUAUUCAUCAGAGACAAAAAUGUACACAUCCAGAAUAAUGGAAAUUCUCGGAAAUAAGUAUUAACUGAAAAGUUAUAAGAAUAUGUGUGUCGUUUUCAGAAAGAUUAAAAUAUCACCCAAUGAGUGUAGUUGCAGCUCCCUAUUUCGACAACUUCGACAUGGUCCUCAUGUAGUACUUUCUUUUCUCUUUUAUUCAAAAUCAUAUUAAUUAACAACAUUGCAUAACAAAGUGCACAUAGGUCAUCAUAUAUAUUUUUUAUGUAACUGCCUUCCCAAAUUAUUAUACAAAUUAUCUUAAUGUCGACAUUUAUUUAUUUAUGAGUUUUAAAAAACAUGUAUCAUUUUGCAAUCUAACACGGUGACUGUUUUUCAUCUUACAUAACCAAUUUUCUUUCCAAUUCAUUAUCCAAGCUAAAUUUCAUUUUACAUUUGCAUAUAGUAAAACAAAUAAAAUAUAUAAAAGCAUUCA